CCGUCCCCCUCCCCCAGCGGAUCCCGGCCGCCCCUCGGCUCUCCACCGGGCUUCUAGCGCAGCCCCCCCGGGGUGCCCAUCCAUUUCCUUGGGUGACUACAGCGUGUGUCUUGUUUUUCUUUCUUUCCCCCCCUCCCUGUGUGCCCUUCUCCAGGAUGGCAGAGGCGGAGUUGCACAAGGAAAGGCUGCAAGCCAUAGCAGAAAAAAGAAAGAGGCAGACUGAAAUAGAAGGCAAGCGGCAGGAACUUGACGAGCAGAUACUUCUGCUGCAGCAUUCCAAGUCCAAAGUGCUUCGGGAAAAAUGGCUGCUGCAGGGUAUCCCCGCUGGAACUGCCGAAGAGGAGGAAGCCAGGAGGCGGCAGUCUGAGGAAGAUGAGUUCAGAGUCAAACAACUGGAAGACAACAUCCAGAGGCUGGAGCAGGAAAUACAAGCGCUAGAAAGCGAAGAGUCCCAGAUAUCUGCCAAAGAGCAAAUCAUCCUAGAGAAACUAAAGGAGACAGAAAAAUCCUUUAAGGACUUUCAGAAGAGCUUCUCCAGUGUGGAUGGAGCUGUGUACGCCAUGGAAAUUAAUGUGGAGAAAGACAAACAAACAGGAGAGACCAAGAUUCUCUCUGCAUCCACCGUUGGCCCAGAGGGGGUCCAUCAGAGAGGAGUCAAAGUCUAUGAUGACGGUACCAAAGUAGUAUAUGAGGUGCACUCAGGAGGCACUGUGGUAGAAAAUGGAGUGCACAAGUUAAGCUCAAAGGAUGUAGAAGCGCUUAUUCAGAAGGCGGGACAAUCAAGCUUCAGAGGAGGGCACGUGUCAGAAAGAACUGUGAUCGCAGACGGGAGCCUCGGCCACCCGAAGGAACACAUGCUCUGCAAAGAAGCCAAGUUAGAAAUGGUACAUAAGUCUAGGAAAGAUCAUUCUUCCGGGACCCCAGGGCAGCAGCCCCAAGCCCCUAGCACUGAAGGGCCCGAGGCCAACUUGGAUCAACCAGUCACCAUGAUUUUCAUGGGCUACCAAAAUAUCGAGGAUGAAGAGGAGACGAAGAAGGUGCUAGGCUAUGAUGAAACCAUCAAGGCGGAAUUGGUCCUCAUUGACGAAGACGAUGAGAAGUCAUUGAGGGAGAAGACAGUGACAGACGUGUCCACCAUCGAUGGGAAUGCAGCCGAGCUUGUGUCCGGGAGGCUGAUCUCAGACACCACAGAGCCCUCAUCCCCAGAAGGAAAGGAAGAGAGUCUGGCCACAGAGCCAGCCCCAGGUACCCAAAAGAAAAAGCGCUGUCAAUGCUGUGUUGUCAUGUGACCACUUCUUUCUUCCCUUUUCUUCUGGGCAGCCUCUGGGCUCUCUACCACUUCCGUAGACCUCACUGUACCACUAACUGCAAUACUGUGAACUGGAAGCAAACACCUGCUUUGCCUUGCAGUUGGAUUGCUUGGGUCUCUCUUAUUUUUCUCCCCCUUUCAUUUUUCUCCAGUUUCCUCACCUGAGAGACAACGUGCAUGUGUGUGCUUCAAUCUUUCCAAGAACUUGCUUUUCCUCUAAACCUUUCCUUGUGUCUUCAAGAGUGAAUCAGUUUCUUACUGCUCAAUUGGAAUGGACUCUUCACAUCAGCCCGUUCUAUAGUAGCCUUAAUUCACUUGACUGGAAUUGAACCCACGGCAUUGGGGGUUUCAUGUUGUAGCGUGUUCCUAUAACGUAGUCACACGUCACCACGUCGCUGGCUUCCCACUUGCUUCCCUUGCUGUGGAUCUUUGCUUUUAUAUCGUGUGUGGCAAAAUGCUGUUGGCUCCAGCUGGUUGUUAGCGUGGCCAAAAGUGGACCUUACUUAGUCUGUUCAAUCUAGGGUGAUGCUUUUUGCUGCCUUACAUAAGCUUCCAGAUUACAGUGUUGUGCACCUAUGGCUUUCCUUCUGUUAAAACUGAAAUGAAGUCUGAUGUAAAAGAAAAGGAACCCAGUGCGUGUCACAGCUGAAAUGUAGGACUGAUUCCGUAACCUGCCCAUCAGCAGCCGUCUCUUUCUGUGGCUUAACUGAUGGACCCUUUAUAUAUGAAGCACCAUUUUUAAUUUUCUAAGGACAUGAAGCAAACAUUGUUUUGAGCAUUCAUAGUAAUCUCUAAACUUAGGCAUAUCCAUGAGCCUUGCUUCUAUUCUCUCAGAAAAAAAAAUGUAAAUUUUUAUAUUGUUUUCUUUUUCACGGAUAUUUUCUGAUCAUGUUAAUCUAUUUUCAACGAAGGAAUCAUUUUGAGGAGUAUCUCUGCAGUGACCAUAUUUCUAGAACAGUCUUUCUGACCUACCGUGGUUGCUGCCAAGUUUCCACUUCAUUGUGGAUGGUCGGUGCUGGAACUGAAUUUACCUGUUCAUCUCCCUGCCCACUUGAUUACAGAGCCUUACUUCUGGACUCUUUUCUUUCUGUCUCCAUGAGAAAGAGAAUGUUUCCCGUAACGUCACGAUGUAGGUUUAUCCACCCUUCAAAAUAAGUUUGAAAAUGUAAAAAAUGUGUAAGAAAGACCUGUCUUCUCCACAUUAAGUACUUAAACUCAUUCCACAAGUACCAAUUGAGUGGCACAUAGCUGAGCUUCUUAAGGCAUGUUUCUUAAACUUCUGGAGAUUUCAGUACAUCAAAGAAUAGUUUUUUUGUUUUUUUUUUUUUAAUCUAGACCACAAUGAACAAUUCUUUGAAUAAAUUCUUAGCAUUCUCCCAAAGCAAGCAACCAAUGUGUAGUAAAACCAAAGGGAAGCAAUAGGGUAAAAAAAAAUAAUAUAGUAAUAAAAUAAAGAUGUAACAUUUUAACUGGUUCUCAUAACAGAGAUCUCUUAACUUGAAGUUAUUUGCCCAGAUGUUCACAGCACUGUUGCAAAUCAUUCACAAGAUAUAUCUAUGUUCUAUAGAACAUAGUUUUAAAAAACUAUACAGUAAGUCAUGCUCCAUCAAGUCUAGCCUCUGUAGAAAGCAGACAAGAAAAAAAUAAGGUAGUCUUGAGAGAAUUUCUUUAUGGAACCAACUAAAUUUGUCCUAAAUAGCUUUCUCAGUGCUAAAUCUAACUGUUAAUAUUAUAAGUUUCUUGGCUUGAACUUAUAUUUAUUCCAAAUGGGAAGGGGGGAAAAAUGACAUUUUUAUUGUUAAAAGUUAAUUUCUCUCAAAUUAUAUUUCAAUGAGCACGAAGUAAGUCACUUUAUUACCAAUAGGUAAGCAAAAAAAGUUAAGAAGGAACAAAUAAAGGAGCUAAAUUCUGCCUCCUAAGAUGAUUCCAUCAAUGGCUUGCUUUUGAAUAGUAGAGGGGAUUCCCUCCAAAUAAUCUCAGGUUCACCAAAGCAGCUGCAGUUGAGUAAAGCUGCUGUCUUAUCUCGGAAUAGCAUCUGGUUUUUCUUCCUAGAAAUCUCCCCACUCAGCUUCACGCUCCUCAGUCAAUGGUCACUUACGCUUCAUUUAAAUGUCGAAGAGAAUGACGUGCCAGAUAAACCUAUUUACGUAGAAAAUGAAAACAGUUUCAAUGUUUGGACAAUCUAUUAUUUUAAUAAUUUAUUUAAUAAAGAAACAAUCUAAAAGCUUACCAUAAUUUAUCUUUUUUUACUCACUUAGGGAUUACAAUGAUCCAAUAGGAGUUUUUAAAAGCACAGUUAGUGAGUGGAAUGGUAGAAUGUAGAACCCUUGAGCUUGCUGUUUGAUAAACAGAAUCAGUCUUUGAGGACAGAUAAGUUCCAGAAAUGACCUACCCGUCCUUCCGUAGUGAGCUAGUUCCUCAUGAAGAAAAUGAUCUGCCCCUCUCACUGCAACCCUACACAGCAGAUCUGGAAGACCAAUGAUAAUCUGCACUUUCAUUCAUCAGUUAUCAUUAUAGGGAUUAGCAAAUUAUACGAAUUAGAGGUCUCUUUAUAGUUUUACUAUUAAAGCUUAUCAUUUAAUGGUUUAAAGGAAGACAUGUUACCUUUAUUAAAAUGAUAUGUGGCCAUAGUAAAUGGUUUGUUUGAAUAUGGCAUAUAUUUGCUUAUUUUGCAUCAUUUUCCUAUCAAAAUAGAGGAUUUAGGGUCAGCCAGUACUUUUAUAGGAUGAGACCUAUAAUCUCACCUACAGCAACAAGUUAACUACGUAACGAACAUAUCCUCAAUGUCGUGAUGGAGAACGUUCUGCCUUCCUUGCCAUUAUUCUCUCUGUAAAAACUUUAUUAUAUAUGGUAUCACACCUUCCAAAAAUACAGGGUAUUGACUUACAUAACCUAAUUAGAGAACCAGUAACGAAGCUGUAAAACCAUGGUCUUUUUGAGCCAAUGGUUAGUUGGAUUGUCUUCUAAAAUUAUAUAUCCAGUUCCAAUUUAAAUGGAAAGAGGAGAAAGAGGGAAAGGAGGGGUAUUUCAUUUGUUAGAGAUUUUCAGUGGCAUUGAAUUAAAGAUCUUUUAACGGUUAAAAUGAUAAAGUUUAACCUUACAUAUCCUGACAAAUCUCGAUGACUUGUACAUCCUUGCCUUUGUUUUCUUUGAUGUGCAAUAGGACAAACUAAGGGGAAUUUUUUUUUUUUUACCUUGUACCACUUUUGCCCUUAAUUCUAUUAAUUCCUUCCAUAAGCAAAAUUUGUUGCCUCUAAAAGUGAUUUGAUAGUGUCCAGUGAUGUCACUUAAUACUGGGUGUAGAGAGGAUGAGGAGCGAGGGAAUUCCCUUCUGGCCAAACCCAAAGCAUGGUAUCCUUAAGCCUCCUGAGCAACCUAAAAGUAUUCAAAGACUUUCAGGAAACUCAAAUUCUAGAGUUCAUUAGAUUUGACUCCUUUUUGAACUGUUAAUGUACAUGUAUAGCUUUAAAUUCCCACCAACUCCGUUUUACUUCCUGGUCAUAAACAUGUUUUUUCCUACAUACAAGUAGAAUGUUUUGUUUUGGUUAGGGUUAAGUUUUUUAUAAAAGGGGAAAAAACAUCAAGGUACAGUAUCCUCUCCGGAGCAAAACAUUCAGGCCAAGUGGAAAAACAGCUCAUUUCUCUUCGCUUCCUGCAGAAUUUCAUUUCAAGGGACCACAGAACACCCUUGAAAUGACCAUUUAUUUAAUGCCAGUGAACCAAUGGAUAGCGAAAAAGGAGGGAGGGAAUAUGGUGACAGAGGCAAAAAUCGAACCACUAAACCAGCUCUUCCUUUUUAAAAAGCAUUCGCCCUGUCCAUUUAAAACACAGGUGAACACAGACAAAAUAUUCACAGAGGACUUUUUGUUGUCAUUCUUGCCGAAAAUCUAGAUGCUCAGCCAUCUCUCUUUGUCACUGGACCCACUGUGGAGUUCCGCUCACCAAAGGGCCCAUUCCUUGUGGGAAUAGUCUCAUCUCCCAAAGGGUUAACUUUGUUUACAGUAAAAACCAUGCCAAGGCAAGCAGUUUUAAGUUGUAUUUCCGCACCAUGCACCUUCAGUUAUGGAAACCACAGAUAAGUUUUGAAACUUCAUAAAUAUGCAAUCUUUUAGAAGCUCCUCAAUUUACUAUGUAUCAAGGUAUAUAGAACUCCACUGAUUAGGGUAGAACCAGCAAAUAUCCUUUGUCCUGUUGGACGGUACAACCCAGCAGGUAAACAGAGUCAUGGUAUGUAUCCCAAAACAGCUCCAAGAAACCAGCAAGAUGAGAUCUUUGAUUCUCGCUGCUAGUUGGCUUUCAUUAUAUAGCCUUCUUCCGGUCUUAUCAGGAAAACUGGCCUGCAUUUUCUAGGGACAAAGAAAAAUCAGGCUUUUGUGAGGAGCACAAUGCAAUUAUGUGUCUGUAUUUUCAUAGCUUCUGCGAACUCUAAGAUAAAAUUCCCAUUUUAACAAAAACCAAAAUGCUUAUUAUUUGAAUGUAGAAAAAUAUAAAAUAAAGAUUACAUCCUGAAAGUUUCAAAAGGCAACUUCCCUGGGGAUCCUUAGACCAGCCUCGCCCACCUCCCUUAAUUUUUAUAUGACUUAAAUAGGCCUCUGCUUCCCCUCUCCGCUCCAAUCUAACAUAAAGUCAGAACCGUUGCAUGAAACCUUGCUUUCAACUUGAAAAUAUAAGAUGUAAUUUUGGGGAUCGCAGAGUUUCUGCAUCAAAGAUCUGGACAGCCUUAACUUUUGUAAAAAAAACAAAAAACAAAAACAAUUUUUCAAUGCUCUCUUUUACUAAGCAGGAAACCAAAAUGUUUCCUGAAAAUUAAUGACUUUUUUAGAUUUUGUGACUAUUUUCUAAGUUUCUAUAGGUUGAGGGGUAAAUGGUCCUCUUCUUCCCAUAAUGCCUCUUCCUAGUCAACGGGGGGCUCUUUUUUGCAAGUCACUGCAUUUUUAUGAAAAGAAAAGUAUAUUUCAUGAACCAUAAAAUUCUCCCUAGACUUCAGGCAGUCCUUCUGGAGUGAAAGAACAGAAAUACAGAAAGAAAAGAAUUACAGGGUGGCUUUCUCCUUAUUUUCUUAUGGUUACUGUACUGUAUGGUAUGUAUGUUUACAGAAUGUAUCUGCCUUGUGAUGUGAACAAAAUGAAUGACAAAAACAGAGUUCUGAUGUGCCAUUUGAAAGUUUGCCUUAGCAUUGCUGUUUAUGUUCUUCUUUUCUGUCCUUUAAAAAAACAAAAAACAAAACGCAGGUUGUAUUCCAAAGCUGUAUUAACACAACAUUCUCUUCCCCACCCCUACCCAGACUGCUUCAGAGCUGUGAAUUUCAUCACAGGAGCCUUGAGGCAGGACCUUGCAGGUCAGGCCCAAGGGGAAUAAAGUGGACAUAGCUUGGACAUUGUCUAUGCCCAUCUAUCAACCAAGCGUGUUCCUAUGUUCUCAGCUGGGUCUGAAUAUCAUGCUCUGACAUUCCUGGGCAGGUCACAGGCAGCAUAUGAUCUUCCGCAGUCCUUCUCACAGGGAAGGAGGGGAACUUUUGGACCCCUUCUCUGGGUCUGGGAGCAUAUUUUUAAGCACAAGUGUCAUAGUUUGAAAAAGGAAGAGAGAUGGGCUCAGAUGGUGUGAUUGAGCCAUAACUGAGAGGUGUGCCCAUUCAUGAUAGUCUAAGAUGAGUACCACAGGGGUGGGAGUAAGGAGUGGUAAUUAGAAAUGUAGUAUUUUACAUUUAUGUAUUUUUUUAAGGAAUGAUAUUUUUAUAAUGAAAUCUAUAUGCAUUAUGAAGCUUGAGUUUGAAAACACCCUUGAUUGAGUUAUUUCUCCAUUCCAUUAAGGUAACUUUCUGGUGAGUUCUGUAGCACACGCCCAGACCUUGAGGGGCAUGAUCCAAGGUCCUGUGGCCUGCCCAUGUGCCUCCACUGCAUGAAAUCCAGUGUUUCCAAACAGACCUAGGUUGUAAGAUCAAGCUUUCUAUGCCUGUCAUUAGGUAAACCAUGUCAUUUGAUAGCUCUCUAGGCUAUACCUUUAAUGAUAAAUAAUGAUGUUUUGGAAGGGGAUAGCCAUUUUAACUGUAAGCCAACCCCGGCAAUGAUCAAAGUCCAACUAUUUCACAUAUUUAAGAACUAAUCACUUCAUUGGAGGUUAAGGGACCACUCAUUAUGGUACAUCUAAAUGAUAUGGGUAAAAUGGUGAGUCAGAAGCCUCUGGCCAUCUAUGGUUUAUACAUAAAUGUAUAAACCAACAAUAUAAAACUUAGGAGGUAUUAUUGGCCUUGUAAAUACCAAUGGGGCUGCACCACAUUUUCAGAGUUAAGUAGACACAGAAAAGAAUUAUCUUUAUCUACCCAUUAAUGAAAUUCUGUAUUUUUAGAGUUCUUGGAUUUUCCCCCCCAAUUUUCUGCCAAGCUCCCAAGUUUCCACUGCAAUCAAACUCAGUUUCCUAAAGAUCUUCACCCACACCAGUUCCUCUGUCUGAUGGACAGAGCAGCUUAGGCCUCAGAGUCUGCUCACCACCCCUGUUAGACUCUCUUCCCAGGUAGCAUCCUUGCCCCAGAUGGACCCUUUUUCUAUGACCCUAAAAGACCAAGAGCCUUUUCCAACAAGGCAAGGUCAUAAGCAUUCUCUCCAAGUGCAGAAAAAUAACCUGUCUGGUUCCCAUGCAAGUCAUUUCAAUUCCAUCAUCACUAGAAUCCCUCCAACAGGCCCAGUUCAAGCCCAGCUAUGAACAUCAGGGUCAUGGAGACAGCUCUCAAAAUGAAAGAGCUAUGCAGAUGCCUGAAGGUGCUAAGGGAGAGUUGAUAUGCUCUCAUCUCGUAUCUCACCACGGGAGCCUCACAGUGUUGAGAUGAGGUGGACAGGGAGCCACCCGGGUCCUUGGUUUUGCAACCAGUCUUUACAUCCAGAGAAGCCACCAGGCAAUGGCCUGAUCCGAACUGUUCUGUGUGCAACUCCAACUCCAAUUCCGUGAUAUCCUAUUCAGGCAAGCAGAAGGAGUCCUAUCCUUUGCAGGGUUCUGGAACAUUCUUCCCUCCUCUCAAGCUCCUGACUUAGUAGAGUUGAAAUCACACAGGGGUUCCAGAAAAUGUUGUGUCUGAUGCAGCUUUUCAGUGAAUGUAGGUUGUUGAUGGAAUUUUCAGCUUUAGCAGCUCACUCGGGGGGAGUGACAUCUCUGUAAAUAUUUCCAUUUCUGUGGUUGGUUGGGGGGUGGGGUGGGGGCCUGUCGUGCUGACUCUGAAGUAGACUUGCUGGGCUAGCUGCUGUACUUUGUAACCUGAAGUGUACUUUGACUGUUCCGACUUCAGAAAUAACACUGCCAGUGACAGCCAAUGCUGUACUUGUGGCUUCUCUCUGUUCCUCUGUACAGUAUGAAUAGACAAUAAACUGCCUUUUCACUGCAUCUA